UGUUCUUUUCUUUUUUGCUGAUUGUACUUUAAUAAAAGACACUUUGAGUAAAGAAUCUCAAAGAUUAUUUUUCCUCUCCUCCUCCUCCUGCUGCAAGGUUUCACUCUGAAGAAUGGACGGUUUCUACUUUAACAACACCUCACAGGACCAAAGCUAUAAUCACAGGAACAUCACCUCCAACUACAAAGAGUACAACGAGUUCGACAUCACAGAUGUGGUGACAUGCAUAAUCAUUGCCAUCAGCCUUCCUCUGACCCUGGUGGCCAUCUAUUCUCUUUAUUCUAUGGUGAGAAGUGAUCAUGUUGCUCCCAUCUACCUCAUCAACCUCCUCAUUACCGACGUCCUUCAGUUCUGCUGCAUGAUCGUUGAUGUGGCACCAAAUGUGGAUGAGAAUAUAUAUUUCAUCUUCUAUUGUAUUUACUUCUCUGCUCUGUUUGCCAGUGUUUACUUCAUGGUCUGCAUCGCCCUGGAAAGGUAUUUGGUCAUCGCCCACCCGCUGUGGUACCACUCCAGACGAACCAUCAAGACCUCUGUGGCGGUCUGUGUCCUGGUCUGGAUCCUUUCUCUUGUCUGUGCUUUCCUUAUAUUUUUCUCUGGAGUUCUGAUCAGAUACAUUAUCUUCCCUAUCCUCCUCCUCCCCCCCUUCCCACUGUUAAUAUUCUUCCUGGUUGGGACCCUCAAAGCCCUGUCUGCUACCAUUUCGGUUCGCUCUGAUGAAAAACGACGAAUUGUGGGAAUUUUAGUUCUGGUGCUGCUUAUUUACACUCUGCUGUUCCUGCCCAGAAUCAUUUGGUGCCUGAAAGUAUUCAAUGACAAUACCCUGUUGCUAGAAGACUUGAGACUCAACAGCCUGUCUUUCAUCUUUGUCAGGUUCAGUCCUGUUGCAGACUUGUUCCUGUAUGUCUUCAUGAGGAAAGGGACCAUAGACAAGCUUUUGGCCUCUGUGUGUUGCUGCAGAAUGAACAGCAAUGAUAUCAGCAGUCCAUCAGUAUGAAUGAUGACAACAUUUCCACAGUCAGCUUCAUGUAGGCAGAGAAAGAGGGAGAGAGAGAAAGGGGAGGAAACAGGAGGAGAAAUGGAGGCCAAUAGAAAGGAUAGAGACGAGACAGAUCCUGUCAUCUACUGAGACCAUUUCCAAUAAGACACCUAACUGUAGAGAACAGGAAGCACUGUUUGGACUCUGCUGUGGGAGAAG